UGUUAGGUAUAGUUGCAAAGAAGGAUAUGUUACGUCAUGUUUCAUCAAUGGAGAAGCAUCCUUACUCCAUACAGUAUCAUUAACAUUGCUAUACAUAUACUGUACAUGUAUAUAUAUAUUUAUUAUAAAUAAAAGAAUAGUGUGUAUAUCUUCUCUCAGUAUACUUUUGCCUGUUGUUUUUGAUUAUUAAUAAUUUUAUUCAUUAUGACCUUAAAUAUGAUGGUAUUCAUUGUGGAUUGUGCUAUCUAAAUCUUUGCAUUCAGGGGUGUGAAAGGUGGUAUGGCUACUGGAGGAGAAAUCAAUCAUCAACUAAACAAGACCUUAGGUAUUAACAAUCUAGAUUAUGUUAUUAGUGAAUUGGAAAGGAAUGGAUUCUCUGAUCACAAAUGGAUGGAGCUAGGUGGUAAGCUACACAUCAGUGAGUCAGAUCUUGGAACAGUUAAUGCCAAUAAUCCUUUGAAUGCCAAAGCAUGUCUAAGAGCCUGUCUGACUCACUGGUUGAGGUGGAACUAUAAUUUCGAUAAGUAUGGUAAACCUUCAAUGGAGAAAUUGGCUGCUGCUGUAAAAAAGGUGGGGUUUGGGGCCGUAGCUUACAAAAUAGAAAACAUUGAAGCAGAAGGGUCAUCUGGAUUGAGAAAAAGAAGUAAUGUAUCCAGAGUUAUAUAUGCACCUCCCAUUGAGUCUGAUGUUCACAAUGAACUUAGCGAAUUAAGAAAUAGUUUUUUAGAUCUCAUUGACAAGAUUUGUAAACAUCUAGAAGAGAAAGUUAAGUACAGAGCGUUGGAAACCAGUGAUGUUGCCGAAUUCAUCAAGAAAAAUGGUGUAAAAGAUAUGAAGCUUGAUGACCUUAAAACUAUUGAAAGCUUAUUUAAUCAAAUUCAAGAUCGAUAUAAUUACCUUAAUUUCUCAUUGAUAAAAGUUAUCGUUGAUAAGUAUUUAAAGAAAUUAUCAUGUAAGGAGUAUAUUACUGGAUGGCUAAUGCAUCACUCUGGUACUGCCCUACGAAGAGAAAUGGAAGCAUAUGCUAAAAAGCUGAACAAUUUUCUGUAUUCAAAACGACUUAAAGACCUUAAAGGUGCUAUUGCUAUUACAUUCGGAGUAAAUAUCAUUCCAUCAGAUACCAGUUGCAUAGUUGUCAUUAAACUAGCUGGAGGAUGGGAUGAGAUGACCAUAAGUGACUUGGAGUCAUUGCUGAGACAUGACUUUAACCAAACUGAUAUAUUCAAUCAUCUUCAAAUCACUCCAGGAUCAGUAUGUGUCACUUACUUGGUACCACGUUCUGCCAUUGCUGACAUUACCAGUGCUGUUGAGUCAAAGUCUGAAUCAAUGUGCCGAGUUGGUGUAUUUUACUUUUCAAUAAAUGACGACGUUCUUCUUGACAAACAAGAUAACGUUAACUUUGAUGAGUCGUUAAUUGAAGCAGUCAAGUUAGAUGAAACAUUUGAAGUGUCACUGCUGCUGUCAUUGGGAGCUGAUCCGUACUAUGAAGAUAGUAAUGGAGACAAAGUACUGGAGUUAGCGAUACAGGGAGGGAACGAAGAAAUAAUAGAAUUAAUAUCAGUGGCUACAAAUUCACAAGUUUUAGAAUUAGAAAGCCAAAAAGAGUUAAAUGACAAGGAAGAUAAUAAAGAAACUGGCGAUAAUGAACUUGAGAGGUCAUUAGCUGCUAGUAAAAAGGAGAUUAAUGAGCUACAAUUACAAAAAAAUGAGAAUGAAACUAAAUUACAGACUUUCAGAACACAGCUAAAAAAUUCCUAUGCUGAAAUUGAAGACCUAAUGUGUAAACGUAAAAAAGACUUGGAUAAGAUAUCAUCAUUAGAAGCAGAUGUGAGAGUCAAAGAGAAGACAAUGUCUAAACAGGAAGAAGAGAUAGCAGCAUUGCAAGAAGCAUUGUCAUUGCAGAAAAAAGAGAAUGAAGCUGAAUUACAGAAGAAACAAAAUGCAAGCUAUCUAGAAAAUGAAAUACUAGUUGGACCAUUAACUGAGAGGAAAGAUGAGUCAUUAGAAGCAGAUGUUUUAAGGUUAAAAGAUGAAGUGAUUGCCAAGGACAAGUUGUUGUUUGAACAGACUGAACAGGCCAAAUCAAGUAUGCAUACAAUAUAA